AUGGGUGAACUUGAGAAGAACUGGAAACUCUACGAAACGAAGCCGGGGCCUCUUCCAACUCAUGUCUCUGCUGUGGUACUGGACUGUGAAAUGGGAACAGCCUGCAGCGGCGAGUCAGAGCUGAUUCGUAUAUCCAUGGUAGAUUUCUUCUCUGGGUCGAUUCUAAUAGACAGCCUUGUCUAUCCCAACGUACCCAUGGCGCACUACAACACUCGCUUCUCAGGAGUCACCAAACGAGCGAUGGAUGAAGCCCACCGCAAGCGCGAUUGCAUCUUUGGACGAGAUGCAGCGAGGCAAGCCGUGUAUAAGUUUGUUGGACCAGAGACCGUUGUCGUUGGCCAUGCCGGCCAUCAAGAUCUCACAUCGCUACGUUGGAUUCACACUCGAAUAGUCGAUACGUUGAUUCUCGAAACAAGGAAACGUCGUUUGGAGGAAGACGCUGCUCUGCGCAAAGAAUGGGAAGAACCCGGAAAAGAUCCUGGCUGCAAAACUGAAGGCGAUGAUAAGAACGCAGAAUCAAGCCCCCAGGAAGGUGGGCUGUCACUUAAAUCCCUUACCCUCAAAAGGCUCGACAGAGUCAUUCAGAUCAAGGGUCGUGGCCAUGAUAGCCUAGAGGACGCGUUGGCAACGCGAGACUUACUACAUUGGCAUAUUGCUACUUUACCGGAGGGGGUUCGUGAGGGGUUGUGGUGA